AAAAUUCGAAUUCGUUCUUGCUGUUUUCCAAAUGAUAAAAAUCUUUAAUUAUUAAAUAAAUAAGAAAGUUACGUAAUACUGCGAAUUUUUAAAAAUGAAUAGCAUUGGCGAAGAAUGUACAGACUUGAAAAAGAAAUAUGACGACUGUUUUAAUUCAUGGUUUUCUGAACGUUUUCUAAAAGGCGAUCACGAUGAUUCAAUGUGUGCUGGAAUAUUCAAGGUUUAUCAGGAGUGUGUUAAGAAGGCAAUGAAGCAGCAAAAUAUUGAUUUUAAAGAAAUAGACAAGGACGUCUUGGGAACAGAUAGCGAAUUUAAAAUACCUGAAUCGAGUGAUAACAGUUGACAAAUAUGCAACAUUCUAUGUGCUUUUAAUCCAAUGUUUCAUUUUCUAAGUUUGCCUAUGAAGAAAGAAAGAAAUCACCAUGACACGCAAUAGGUAUAAGAAUAUCAAUCAUGAAACAGAUAUUAAUAUUGAAACAUAGUUAUACUGAGGUUAAAGUAUUAAAAUGUUUUCUUAUGUUAAAGUAUAAAGUAGACAAACAUUUAGGCUACUGUGUUUUAAUUAUAA